AUCAAUGGCAAUUGGUUGACAGUGCAGGAGAGUGAUCAUCCCUAUUUAGUCAUAUCAUUACAUUUAAUGAUAUUACUCUAAAUCCUAUGAGAUAACAAGACUUAUAGUCAUAUUACAAUUAAACAUGAAAUUUACCAAAUUGAUGAUCAUGUGUUUGAAACUGUGAUUUAAGUGGAAGAACCUUUGAUUCUGCAGUCAAAUGACAAAUUGAUGGACGAAAGAGAGUCGGUCAGAUGCAGUGUGUGUUCAAAACAAUUUUCAUCUAAACGAAAACUGAACCACCAUAUUACACAAUCACACAAUGGUCGUUCUAAAACCGAGGAAUGUUUAAUUUUAAAAGAAAUUGAUGAAAAUACUUCAGCUAUUAGCUGCAAUAACGACGAUUUGAAUGUCAAAAUUGAAAAAGAAUGGGCAAUUUACCUCCAUGCUGCGGUGUACCUCCACCUGUGACAAUUACUUGUUAUCACACAAACACACUAUCACAAAUCUGUCUAGAAAAUGUUUGCAUUGUCCUGCAGUUUGCGUUAAUAAACGUACAUUAAAUACAAAUUUUGUUUUUGUUAGUAUUUGAGAUUUUUAUUUUGUAAUCGCUCUUUUCUGUGAAUUAUAACUAGUUCAAUUAGAUUUAGCGCCAUAGAAUCAAUUUGUUUUCAUUAUUGUUGCUACGGGUCCGAUUCGUGAGAAUUUCUAAAUAUUAAUCAUAAUAACUUAUUUUAUGAUAAAUACAACCGUAUUGCGUCGUGUUUUGUUAGUAAGUUAUAAUUGUGUUUUGUCUUGCCUGUUAAUAAUUUAUUAUAAGUUUUAAGUAGCAGCCCUGAACAGCGGUUUACGGUUCUACGUUAUAGUUUGGAAGCGGUAUAAAAUGUUGAAAAUUAAACUUGAAAAUGAUGAAACAGAACAACACUCCUUUGAAGUCAUUGCACCCAAACCGUUAAAUGUGCAGUUCAAAAACAAUGAAAUUUCUACAAAAGUAGAGUGUAUAGUUAAGAAUGAAGUCAACAAUACUUAUGACUGCAAUAACGACGAUUUGAAUGUCAAAUUUGAAAAAGAAUGCUUCAAUGAUUGUGUUUUCGAAUCAGAUAUUGAAAUCGUAAGGCAUGAACUGUUUGAUGCUGAAAACGAGCUAACACCGUUGUAUGACUGCAAUUACUGCCAAAAAUCGUUUAAGACAAAACGACGAAUUAAAAACCAUAUUUUAAGAUAAAAAUGAAUCUUUUCUGUUUUAUUAUAUCAUAUGCCGUUGUAAGUGUUUCGACAGAUGAUGAAGGUAAUUCAUUUUAAUUUACACAAUAGCUAACUUAAGUUGUAGUUGCAAAUUUGAAAAAAAAUUCAAUUUAUUACUUUUUUUUACAGCGGAUUGCAAAAAGCAAUUUUUAAUUACAAAUCUAGCCAUCGCACGUGCUUUUAAUAUAAAUGAUUUUACUGUAGAAAAUAAUUUUGGAUUAAAUGGAUUGGAAUAUGUAAUGGAAGCAAUGGAAGCUGAGAAUCGCGUUAGACUCGAAUCUUUCGGUAGUUAUAAUUAUUAUAAUAAUAAAAUAAAGAUAGUAGUAGAAAAAAUAUUUGAAGUUAAGAGUAUCUACACUUCAUGCAGAUUCAUAUAUAAAUGGAUAUGUCCUGCAAUCUAGUAUCUCUAAUCCACUAUCUCUAAUAAUUCAUAAGGCAUAUCGAUGUAAAAAUGUAUCUUUAUGCAAUUGGUAAGUGAUAUGAAUAUUACAUUUGACUCCGAAAUCUAAAUGGAAUUUUUAUUUAAAAACAAAAUAUAUACUGAUGUUAGCUUCGUCAACCUUGUCUGCUUAUUAUAUUAUAAUAUUCACAUCGCCACGACUGCUUCAAAUCAGCCAUUAUAUUUUCAUAACGGUUUCCAAGUUUAUUUAAUAUAGUUUUUUUCUACUUUGACCUUCGUCUUCUAACAUAUAAAUAUGUUAUGUAACGAUUUAUAAUAGCAAAUCAAAUCCACUAUCAUUAAUUUAUGUAAUGUCAAUUUUAGGCAAAUUAAAUUCUAUGAUCGCUGUACCGGGUAAUAGUUUUUAUUUUAAUUUUAUGAAAAUAUUCCUUAUAUGUGAAGCAAAUUUCUCCUAAUUUACUAAUACACGUUUUUUUUUCUACCUUGAGCUCUGUCCUUCUAUUUAUAAAAAAAAAUAGAAAAUGAAAUGCAGCAUCAAUGGUAAUAUUAAAUAUAUCUACUGCUCAUUUCAGAAAAAACGGAAUAUGUUCUCCAAAUACCAGGUAAUAAUGUUCAUUGUACUUUAUGGACGUUUUUCCAUACGGUUGUUUAAUAUUUUUUAUGAACACAAAUUGUUUGUUUUAAUUUCAGAAAUAGAUUGGCUUAACGGCAUGAAGAAAUGCGAGUUAUUGCAGUUUUGGUUUCGACAAGAAUUAGCAGUUGCAUUAGAUCUUCCACUGCCUGAUGAUAUAAAUCAAAGAAUUGAUGAUCCUGAAUUCGAUAACGACCAAAAUUUUGGUGAUUUAGAUUUGACAGAACUUGCAGAUCAGAGAAGAAGUCAUGUUGUUUCUGCUUUAAUAAAUAUGAUCAGACGUGGACCACUGCGGAAUGUAGACGAUGAUGUCUAUUUAUUAUGGAUGAGUCGUAUGGUGGGAUUAUACAUGAGUGCACGAGUACCAACAUCGUACAUAAAACAAGUUUGGACUAACACACAUAAAAGGACUUUUACGCUGUGGGAUGGAAUUACACACAAAAGAUACAAAAGAAUUUUAGGUGUAUGGAAUCAAAUAAAUUUGAAUAACAGCGGUUCAGUACAACUGCUCGAGAAUCAGCUAAGACGUUUAGACGAGGAAUUAAUACUAUUAUAACUCAUUUAAAAUUAUAUAAUACUACUGUUAUUUUAAUAAAAUAAUAUUUCUAUAAUGCACUUCAUGUCUAUAUUCUGUUUCAUAUUACAAUAUUAGCCGUCAAUUAAUUA